GCGGAUCAUCAGCCAUGGAACACAGGCGCGCCGAACGCUGAAACGGUUAGGUCGCAAGCGGUGUCCGCGGUGCGGUGUUCGUUGUUUCGGUCUCGAGUUCUGUGGUGUUGUUCGGCAUCUCUCUCUUCCGUGCCACCGCGUCCGUAUUUCUGUCUUUGUCUCGUCCCGUUCCCGCGCUUUUGUUUCUCUCUUUCUCUUGCCUGGUCCCGCGAGGUACUCCAAGAGUAUCCGAAGGAAGCAAGAAGAGAGCAGCUCGCGCGACAAAAGGGGACGGCGGUGCGAGAAACUUGACUGAAAUCAGGGAGGGAAAAGAAGGGACGCACAGACGCGUUGUUCUCUCGUUCGUCGGUGGUGUACAAUGCGAUGCUGAUGAUACGUGCGCUUAUAUAAUUACCUGCCGUCGGUGUAUACGAGUAUACAUAUAUAUAUACACAAUUACGCGUGCAAACAAUAUCCGGACGGUGUAAUUGUGCGUCGGCAGUUUUCUUUGGUCUGCCAUCAAAAUAAUUAUUGCACAUUUAUUUUCUAUUUAUUUUGAGAUUCCUUAGAAAAAAAAAGAAAGAAAGAUGAAAGCAUUCGAGAGCGCAGGCGGGUCUACAAACGCGGCGCUGCCGUACGGCGAAGAAGUAGUAAUGAUUUUGUUUAUAUUUUUUUUUGUAUCUGCCGAUGACCCCGUCGAUGGUUGUUUCGCUGGAUGCCAGUUGGAGUACACAACAACCGCAGACUCAAUUGCUGGUGGAGGACCCGUCGGUCGCGCAGCAGGAGCAGCUGGAGCAGGAAUCAGACCAACAACAAAACCCGCAUCAAAGCCCCCCGUCAUCUGUGGAUUAUUAUAUUACGGAGAAACCGCGAAUCAUCAUGACAGACCAACGGGGAGACGAACGAGCUCAAAACAAACAAUCACCACUGCAAUCGCAGCAACAAUCGCAUGAUCAGACGCAUCAACAGGGUACAGGAGAGCAACAGCAACAAGCUUACCAACAAUCGGCGGCACAGUCCGGCAACAAUCAGGGAAUCAGGAUUAAAGAAGAGCCAAGAACGAAUCUGAUUAUCAAUUACCUUCCACAAAAUAUGAACGAAAAAGAAUUGUAUAGUCUGUUCGUGACGAUUGGUCCUGUCGAGUCUUGCAGAGUUAUGAAAGAUUACAAGACUGGUUACAGUUACGGAUUCGGUUUUGUCAACUAUGCCAAGGCUGAAGACGCCGCGAAAGCGAUAACCGCGCUGAACGGACUUCAAGUGCAGAAUAAACGUUUGAAGGUAUCGUUCGCACGUCCCUCAGGAGAUGAAAUCAAGGAGACUAAUCUUUAUGUCACCAACUUACCCCGAAAUAUCACCGAAAGUCAGAUCGACGAGCUUUUCAGCAAGUACGGAAACAUUGUACAGAAGAACAUAUUGAAGGAUAAACUUACAGGCUUACCGAGAGGUGUAGCGUUUGUUAGAUUCGAUAAGAGGGAAGAAGCGCAAGAAGCGAUAAACCAACUUCACGGUACGGUACCAGAGGGUGGAUCGGAGCCGCUUAGUGUAAAAAUCGCUGAAGAACACGGAAAACAAAAAGCAGCAUAUUAUGCAGGUUGGCAAGCGGGAUAUAAUCAAAGUCGUGGCCCGAGUGGCGGUAAUGGCAGUGGAACUGGUCUUGGCGGAGCACGGGCUAGAGGCAUUGGAGGUCCGCCGGGGGUUGGCAUGGGCCUCGGAGGCGGUCCGGGAAUGCUUGGUCGCGCGGGAGGCUUUGGUCCCCGCGGCGGAGGAGGACCACACGGCACGAAUUUUCUCGGAAGUAGCGGUAGCGGACCAGGAGCCAUGCGAAUGGAAAAAAUUCAUCCCCAUCGAUACAAUCCAAUAGGCAUGGGCGGCAGCGGUAGUGGCAACUUCGUUCCAUCGCACUUCUGGUGACUGUCCGUUUACAAAGACGAGAGUCGCGGUGUGAGUACUAGUAAUGAACAACCACUGCUCUGACGUCAAUCGCUACCGAAGCCCACUUGUCAUUCUACUGACGUAAGAAAUCGUCAUUCUUAACGCGCCGAGAGUAAAAUGGUAGGUCGGACAUAAAAGCCAGGUAGAGAGUCAGUCGAAUCGAGCAAGUGCGUCCAGUGCGCGCACUUGCGAUUUUCUGUUGCUAUUCACGCGCGUCAUGCGCGCUGCUUACAUUAGUCGCGAGAAGUACAACACAUACAUUCUUUCCAACUUUAUGUUUCUGUUUAUUCUUCGAAUCGCGGCGACAGAAAAUCGCAAGUACGCGAUGCAAACAUAAACAGUAUCCAGUGAUAUUAAUAAUUCAAUAAAUUAUAAACAGUUUUAAACUUAAAACUGCUUGUGAUAUUCAAAAUUAAUUGCCAAAACAUGUCUCUUUUUAUCUAUUUAUUUAAUUGAACCUCGCGUGUGAAUACUCAUUCUGAUAUGUCAUUCAUUGAAAUACCGCUGACAAGAAUAUUUUCCGUCAAACGGUAUGAAUUAACUUUCUCGCUACAGCCGUCUUCGCUACGCUAUGUCGCGGUAAGAUUUUAUUUAUUGCAUAUCUGUUACCCUAGAAAUGUAAAUGUAAAUGCGUCGAGCGAACCAUAGAGCCGUUUGUAGCGAAAGGGUUAAACGAGUUUUCACUGUCGCUGAAAUAACAGAAACAGACAUCGAUUGAGAGUGUAAACCAAAGCCGACGCAUUUUUUUGCAAUUCAGGUCAUUGACUUCGGCGUUUACGCUUAUUGACUUUCCGCUUCUUUCUCACUUCCUCUUUUUUGUUCGAGAUUCGUUAAUUAAGGUUUUCGAUGCGUCGUCACGUGCGUUCUUUAACUUGAUUGGAAGUAUUUUAUUAUUAUUAACCAUAAAUAACUCUAAUCAUUUAUGUGAAAAAUUCCUCGACAAUAUUUAAAAAAACUCCAGUAAUAAAUAUUUUAUUAUUAUAUAUAUGUUCAUACUUAAAAAAAAAAAAAAAACAGACAAAGAACAGUAAAGUUAUUAAUCUUUUCAAUGAGGCAUUUACAUAUGUACAUAAAGCAAAGGUAUUAGGAAAGAAAUUUUUCUCUUAAAAAAAAUUUGUGUACAGAUAUAUA